AUGUACGCGCCGCACCAGCAACCGCCGCCGCCGCCUCACGGGCUGCCGCCGCCGCCGCAGCAGCAGCACCAGCAGCAGCAGCCACCGCACGGCAUGGGCCAGGGCUAUGGACAGGCACCGCAGGGCUAUGGCCAGCAGGCCCCUCAGGGCUACGGCCAGCCGGCUCAGCAAGGCUACGGCCAACAAGCAGCCCAGGGCUACGGGCAGCAGCAGGCCCCGCAGGGCUAUGGCCAGCAGGCGCCACAGGGCUACGGACAGCAGCAGGCGGCGCCGCAGGGAUACGGACAGCAGCAGCAGGGCUAUGGCCAGCCGCAGGGCUACCCGGCGCGGCCGCAGACGUUCAAUCGGCACACGGGGCCGCCGCCGGGCGCCGACCCGCAGCUGUGGGGUUGGUUCAUCGCCUGUGACCGGGAUUCCUCAGGAAACAUCGACGCCAAAGAAUUGCAGCAAGCCCUUGUGAAUGGCGACUGGUCCGCCUUUGAACAAGACACGGUAAAGAUGCUCCUCGGAUUCUUCGAUCAUGAUCGCAGCGGUACGAUCACCUUCAACGAGUUCGCCGGUCUGUGGAACUACAUCAAGCAGUGGCAGGAAGUCUUCCGCCGAUACGACGCAGACAGCAGCGGUACCAUCGAUCAGAGCGAGCUCGGACGUGCGAUGACGGGAUUUGGCUACAAUCUCUCGCCGAAGCUCCUGCACCUCGUGACGGCGAAGUACAUCACUGUUGAUGGCGCCUCUGCAGGUGGCGUUCCCGUGCGCGGCAAGCCGCCUGGCAUCACCUUCGACCGUUUUACGCGUGCUUGCGUUGUGGUCAAGCACCUCACGGAGUCUUUCCAGCGCCACGACAUGCAGCGCAAUGGCAGCGCCACGCUGCGCUACGAGGACUUCCUCGAGAUCGUCCUCUCGGCGCCCUGA